GGUCGUGCUGAGUUCAGGAGUCGGUACGUUGAGAGCGAUGCCACGGUCCCAUGAUCCACAGACCCAGCUGUUUGCUAACACCCAACGGCUCGCUGCACACUCUUUGUGCUGCGUACGAGCCGGUACACACACACAGUCGUACUGUUCACAGGCGCGCUCUUCAUGAGCGGAUACGUGCUGCAGCAACGGACCCUCAACAAGCUCCGGACCGCAGUGAUACAGCAGAUGCAGCCCCGGCCCAGCCCAAAGAUAUUCCUCCCCGACAAGUUCAAAGACCAGGCCACUGCCGGCGAGAGCGGUGCUUUCGCAAACAUGGACCUGGACGGCUCGGACCGUGGAUCGAGCACGAGCGACAAUAUCGACGGCACAGAUGCGCUCUACAUCGAGGUGCGACCAACAGUGCCCGACGACAGCGAAGAAUCACCCGAGAAGAACCAACAGCAGCAGCAGCAGAAGGUCCUGUCGUCUGACGGCUCCGCCGACGACUCGGCCGAGGAACCAGAGGUCGUCGUCGAGAAGCCCAUGACCAACGCAGAGCGGCGGAGGAAGAUCAAAGAGGAAAUCAGGCGGCUCGCGCAGUCAGGAGAGCCCGUGUACUACCAGCGCCGGCUGUGGUAGGCCCACAAGCGGUUUUGUGGUAGCUCAUCCAGAUCUAUGGAAGAGGUCGUGACGACGAGACAGUGUAAUGCUGCGUCCGCGACUGCGAUUUAUGAGAAUCAUGCUGUCAGGUUUGGGGCUGCAAGCUUUGCUUUACUUUUGCUUUUCCCUGGACAAAAUUACUGGGCAAUGGGCUGAAUGAUGCUGUCGAUACUUCACCCAUGUUUACGACAGGAGUUUGGAAUGAUUGUAUGGAUUAUACUGGGGCCUUGGCGUUUUUUUUUUUUAAAUGGGAAAUGUAGCACCAUAUUCGUGUAUAUACGACGAGAAACGAUCUGCACCAGAGUCUGAAGAGAGGAAUCAGCAUGUGUUUAUGCAGCCCGCAGAUGAAGCUGUUCUUUACACAGAAGUCACCUGGACUCAGUCGACCAUGUGCAAGUCUCAUAUAAACGUACUCAAGU